AUGUCGAAGAAUUACAUAAAUGUUCUUUUGAAGCCUUUUCGUGAGAAUAAAGUUGUAUCGAGCUUACUAAAAUUAUUCGAGUCGGGUUCGAAUAACGCAUCGGGAGGGGUUGUGGGUGUGAAAAAUGAGAUCCCCGCUGGCCGGGCUGGCUCUGCUCAGUACAGCACUGGAGUCCGUAAGGUGACUCUCAUUCCUGGCCACGGUAUCGGCCCCGAGAUCACUGUAGCCGUUCAGAAAAUAUUUGAAGCUGCUAAAGUACCCAUUGAAUGGGACGAGGUUGAUGUCACAGCUGUUAGAGGUCCGGAUGGCAAAUUUGGUAUUCCCCAACGAGCCAUUGACUCGGUCAAUGCCAACAAGAUAGGCCUCAAAGGUCCAUUGAUGACUCCGGUCGGUAAAGGAUACAGGUCAUUGAACUUGGCUUUAAGAAAAGAAUUUGAUCUGUACGCCAAUGUUAGGCCUUGCAAGAGUUUAGAUGGCAUCAAGACUCUGUACGACAACGUGGACGUGGUGACUAUCAGGGAGAACACUGAAGGAGAGUACUCGGGCAUCGAGCACGAGAUAGUGGACGGAGUGGUGCAGUCCAUUAAACUGAUUACUGAGGAGGCGAGCAAGAGGGUGGCUGAGUUCGCGUUCACCUUCGCUAGGGACAACAAGAGGAAGAAGGUCACGGCUGUGCAUAAAGCUAACAUUAUGCGUAUGUCUGACGGUUUGUUUCUCCGCUGUUGUCGCGAGCUCGCCACUCAGUUCCCAGACAUCAAGUUCGAAGAGCGUUACCUCGAUACCGUCUGCCUCAAUAUGGUUCAAGACCCGUCCAAAUUUGACGUACUUGUGAUGCCAAAUCUGUACGGAGAUAUUAUGUCUGACAUGUGUUCGGGCUUGGUGGGAGGCCUCGGCCUCACUCCAUCAGGGAACAUCGGCAAGAAUGGAGCCCUGUUUGAAUCUGUCCACGGUACAGCCCCGGACAUCGCUGGCAAGGAUUUGGCGAACCCCACAGCCUUACUGCUCUCAGCUAUCAUGAUGUUAAGGCAUUUACAGCUCAACGAACACGCGGAUAGAGUUCAAAAUGCUUGUCACGAGGUCUUGCGUGAGGGAAAAUCUCUAACCGGCGAUCUCGGCGGCACGGGAAAAUGCAGUGAAUUCACCAACGCCAUCAUAUCAAAAUUAAAUUAA